UACUACUGGUAUAUUAGCAGACUAGAGAGAGAUCACGGUGUCCAUAUCUUUGAAUCAGUUUUCUUUCUGAGAAUUAAGAUUACUAGUCCUUCCUUAAAAUUGAAGAAGAUGAUCAUGUAUUUGGCAGCACCUUCCCUCCCAAAAACCCCCACCACCGCCUGCUCCAACAACAUCUACUCAUCCCUUUCUUACUGCCACAACAAUAUAUGUAUUUUUGACAGUUAGUAAUUAAUAACAGAAUAGAUAUAAAUUAUAAUCUCUUCUGCUGCUAAUACCGAUUGAUUCAUCGGUCAUCUACAUAUAUAUGUAUAUUGAUCAAUCACCAUAACGUUAACACAUUCGAAUAAUACAACAAGGAGUUGGAUGUCGAAUGGCUGGUGAAUCUCAACAAGAGAAAGUAAGAAGAAACUUGGUUCCUUCAAGAUACUGUUACCUAUCAUCAGCAUCAGAUAUCACUUCUGUGAAUCUAGUUGAUCAUCAUCAUCAGAUGCAAAGUUUUGAAUCAAAUCCAGCACAAGUCUUCAACUUGACUACUGGCAUGGAGAUGUUAGCUUUUCAAUCUAAGACCGAUACUACUAAUAACCCUAAUACUAACCAUCGAUCAUCAUCGUCGUCGACAACAGAUGUUUCUGCUGAUCCUAACUCUAUGUGGAAAGAGUUCUUCAACAAACAACCCACCACCACCACUACUACUAACCCUAGUUUUGGUUCCUUUUCUUCUUCUAAGCAGAAUAUUAUUACAUCUACAACUGAUACUACUUCCUAUCCUAAUUUAUCAACUAGUAGUGGAUUGAUCUCUGAAACAACAAGUACUAGUGAGAAUCUAAUCCUUUCUUCAAUACCUGAUCAUCAUCAGCUGCAGCAGCACAAUUCUACUUGGCAAGAUCACAACAUGAAUGAUAACAACAACAGACUAAUAGUAGAUGAUGAUGAUUCUAAUAUUAGAUGUUUAUAUCCUAAUAGUGAGAAACCAAGUGGUGGUAGUCAAGGACUUUCUCUUUCCCUCUCUUCAAACAGAAGUAAUAAUAUUAUUGGAGGAAUACAUUCGUUUGAUCAUCAGGCCAUGAGAGAAACCAAAAAUCAACAAGAUGGCUUCUUUGGGAGAUCAGCUUCUGGAUAUUUUCCUCAACAACAAAUCAUGCAAGAUGGAUUCCAUGUAAGGAAUUCAGUUAAUGAUCAAACUUGUUAUCAACAAACGAAUAAUAUUCAACUAAAGAGUUCAAAAUACUUGGUUCCUGCUCAAGAACUUCUGUAUGAGUUGUGUAACCUUGGAACUAAACAAAAUGAUGAUACACAACAAGUACUACAGAAGCAGAAAAUUAACCAAUCAGAAGAUGAAGAUGGUAGUACUGAGUCCUCGACAAAACAAUCAUUUCUGUACUCUCUUGACCUCCUUGAAUUGCAGAAACGUAAAACCAAGUUGAUUUCCAUGUUGGAAGAGGUGGAUAGAAGAUACAGGCAAUAUUGUGAUCAAAUGAAGGGGGCCGUGUCUUCGUUUGAAGCAGUACUUGGGGGAGGAGCGGCGUCCGCGUAUUCAUCUCUGGCAUCUAAGGCUAUGUCGAAACAUUUUAGGUGCCUAAGAGAUGGGAUUGUAGAUCAAAUAAAGGCAAUUAAGAAGGCAAUGGGAGAGAAGGAUCCAGUUGCACCAGGGACCACUAAAGGAGAAACACCAAGGCUUAGACUUGUUGAUCAAACACUGAGACAACAAAGGACCACUAAAGGAGAAACACCAAGGCUUAGACUUGUUGAUCAAACACUGAGACAACAAAGAGCUUUUCAACAAAUGACCAUGAUGGAAAGUCAUCCUUGGAGACCCCAAAGAGGUCUACCAGAAAGAUCAGUGUCGGUCCUUCGUGCUUGGCUCUUCGAACACUUCCUUCACCCGUAUCCAAGUGAUGUUGAUAAGCACAUUUUAGCUCGCCAAACAGGACUCUCAAGAAGCCAGGUGUCAAAUUGGUUUAUUAAUGCCAGAGUUAGGCUAUGGAAACCCAUGGUAGAAGAAAUGUAUGUGGAAGAAACAAAGGAGCAAGACAAUGUAGCUUCUUCAUCAGAUUGGAUUACAGGAAUAUCACUAGACGACAACAGCCGGCUGAAUUCAAACCCUCAUAGAAAUCCCCAAGUUUGCUCCGAGGAUCGCAAACCAACACAUGACCAACUUAUUCGGGGCGACUCUUCAACUCUCUCUUCCAUUAUAAACAUGCCAGAUAAAAUUAAUCAGCAUAUAGAAAAUGGUACAAACACACAUUCUCAUUACCAUAACUACCAGCAACAAGAGCAAUUACAGCAGCAACGACGGAUGCAGUUAGCAGCAGCAGGGAGAGUAUCUAAUGAGAAUUUUGACAUAGGGGACUUGGACUUCUCGUCUUACAGCAACGAUGGGGUGAAUCAGCAGAACAAUCUUGGAACUGGGGUUUCUUUGACUCUCGGUCUACAACAACAUGGCAGAAGUGGUAUCAACUUGUCAUUUUCACCAGUAGCUCAACAUCUUCUUUUCUACACUAGAGAACAUAUUGGGGGUGUUGAUGAACAGGUCCAGUACUCUAUCUUAGAUGGAGAGCAGAAUCUUCCUUAUCGAAAUUUGAUGGGAUCGCAAUUACUUCACGAUUUCGCUGGAUGAUAAUUUAGGCUACACGCAGUUUAGCUUGGGCCUAGCUACUUGCAAACUUAGUGGAUAUACACGGCAUGGAGAAGAGUAGGUUGCUAGACAUAUAUAUUUCCAUGCAUUUGGUUAGUUAUAUAAAUAUAGAUACUCCAAAGAAGCUUCUAUUUAUAGAGAGAUAAAGGUGCUAGAAUUCAUGAAUAUAUUUCAACAGUUGAUGAGCUUUAUUAUAGUUAUAUUAUUUAGUUUAAACCUA